UGGGCACACCACACCUGCAUCUGUUUCUACCUAAUUAGCUAAGCCUGCCAUGCCUUGUUCAAACACACACCGGCAGAGUCUGCUUGCGUUGUGAGUUGUGAUGGCUGAAUCUCGGAGAGUUCAGUUGACCAGGUUGCCCUGUGAUGUAGUGCCUUCAUCCUCUGACAAGCCGCCGGCCUCGGUCCAAAAGUCUCCGUCAGGUGUUCUGCAGGGGAAAGAAAACGGUCCAGACCGGCCCGCUGACACAGACACAGUCCGACUGCUGCUCACAUUAUUUGAGCCUGAUGAGGGGAGCUUUCCGGAGUUCAGCUACAGUCAGCUCGUUGACAACAAGAUCAACCACACAAAAGAUGAAGUCCAACUGAGCAGAUUUGAAGAGGAUGAAAAGAGAGCGAACGAUGAGGUCGCUGCUCUUUCAAGGAAGUUGGAGGAAAAAUAUGGUGGCAAACCUAAUAAGAAGAAGGACCGUAUUCAGGAUUUGAUUGAUAUCGGAUACGGUUAUGAUGAAGAGGAUUCUUUCAUUGACAACUCUGAGGCUUAUGAUGAAUUUGUGCCGGCCUCCAUCACCACCAAAUUUGGUGGAUUCUAUGUAAAUUCGGGUGUGCUGCAUUUCCGCCAGGCUUCUGAGACCGAUGACCUCACAACCGAAGAGAAAACACCUGAGCCCGCAAAAAAACGUAAAGUCAAUGGCAGACAGGAUAAGGCAAAGAAGAAGCGCUGCAGAGAAGGUGGAGAGAUGAUAAGCAAUGUGGAUUCGAAGUCAAGCCCUUUGUCUGAAAUUGGGCCGGGUGGCGAGAUGAAGAAGAAAAAGAAGAAAAAUGCUGUUGGCACAUUAAGCGUCACCAGCAUGUUGAAAAAGUUUCAAAGAGAGAAGGAGAAGGAACAACAGAAGAUGGAGAAAAAAAAUCGGAUGCCAGCUGCAAUCAUGGGUGAGGUCACGAUCCCUCUGUGCCCGGCAGAUGCAGGCGGGGGCGGAGGUUCGGGAUUGACAGACCCUCUCAUCAGUCUAAUCGGUUCAACCAAUGACCACGCUCUCAUCCAAGCAGCCAACACAGUGGAUUUUGAUAUUGACUUGGACUCUUUAUUAGAUGUCAGUGAAGAGACUUUUUCCCCAAAGACGGUUCCUCAACCUGGAACAGAGACGCAGCUUUUCAGACCCAAAACCGAUGAUCUGACCCCGUCUGAUGCUGCUCCACAAGUCCAACCGCUAAAUACAAAGACUAACUUGCAGCCGGAGCCUCAUCCAGAGCAAAUGCGGCUCCUGUCACAAACCAGUUCUGCCUCCCCUCAUCAGUGUGUCCCGCUGCCAGAGGGACUUCCCCCACAACUGGAAGACAGCAUUCGAAAACUCACGGUGGUUGCCAAGACCUCAGAGGGAGAGUCAAAACUCAAGUUCUUCACCCCAGAAAUCAACUCAAUCCUGCUUGAUAUUGAGUUGCAGUGUCGGGAACAGGGUGGCCAAUUGCGCUCCAAGGUGUACACACACCUGUCGUCGUUCCUUCCCUGCAGCAGAGACACACUCCUCAAACGUGUGAAGAAACUGUUACUCGCACACAUCACGGAGGAACCCCGUGAUGUGGAGGUUCCCAUGCAGAAACUUAAGGAGGCCAUCGGCAGAGCUAUGCCCGAGCAGAUUGCAUGUUUCAAUGAAAACUGCCAAGUCUAUGAGCAACUCAAGAAGGCUGCAGAGGAGGAGAAAGAAGGCAAACAGAAGGUGAAUGUUGGUCCAGAGGACAAUGUGGAGGAGAAAGGUGGGAGAAGAGGAGGUCCUAAGAAGUUGUUCAAAUGGAAUGAAGAGAUGAGGGAGAGCUUGUGCCAAGUGUUAAGGGUGAAAAUGGAGAGAUAUAAAAAGGAAAGGAAAGGUAGUCAGGAGAUGGAGGAUUAUCUGAAGACCUUGUUAGAAAAUGAAGUCCAACCACUUUGGCCAAAAGGGUGGAUGCAAUCUAGGUUGCUGCUAAAGGAGAGCAGGAAAAUGUUGAGCCUCUUUACGUCAUUACCAGUAAAGAGGGCCCGGCCUGAGAAGAAGUGGCCAUCUAUCAGUGGUCCUCCCACUACGUCAGAUGGCUGCAGCGUUCUUCAGGAGUCUUCACCACUGGCUGGACUCCCCCAAGACGCAGAUGAUGUCUUCAUCGAGAGCUCAAAUAUCUCCAAUUCUCUGCCGCUUGAGAAGCAGGAAGCUGCUUCCUUGAGAAAGGUGGAGGGUGAAACGGGAAGGGUGGCAGUGGAUGCUGGUUCCUCUACACCCACAGCGGCAGACAAAAUUCGGGUCAGCGCCGCAUCUGCUCCGACUCGUUCACUUCUGGAUCUCCUCGCUGAACAAGCGCUGGCUCGGGAGCAACAUCUCCCAGUUCCCCAGGAGCUCUUGGCAUUAGCUGUGGCCAAAUACAAACGUUCAGUUCAGCGCUGCAGCUUUGGGAUGGACACCAGAAGUCCUCCUGUUGCUCCUCCGCCUCCUCAGUCCAGCCCAGUAGGUUUCCCACUGAGUGGAGUGUGUAAUGUUGCUUUGCCCCAGCUGCUGCCAGUUGGGGAUUUCGCCAGGCUCAGGGAUGCUGACCAUGUGCAGAUAAUCUCUGAUGAUGAAGACGUUAUUAUGCAGUGAUGACUUUCAGUGCAGACUUACACACGAUUGGAGCAGUUUCCUUGGAGAUGGACUGGACACAUGAUGUGAUUCUAACAGACACAGAGGAUUUGAGAUGCCUAAAUGAGCUUCUUAGCAAAUGUUAAUAAGCUAAUAAUAAUUGACUUUUUUUCGUCUCCAG